GUUGUGUUGACCUUUCAAUCUGAAUUUUGGUCUCUGAAGGUUGACUUCUCAUUUCGAAAGAGGAGAUGGGGAAGUUGCUUGAGCAUGUACUGGUGUUUUGGAUCUCACAAACAAAACAAACGAAUUGGGCAUGCUGUCCUUGUUCCUGAAACUACAGCCUCAAGAGCAGAGGUUCCUGCAGCUGAAAAUCAAGUCCAAGCACCUUCCAUAGUACUUCCCUUCAUCGUUCCUCCAUCCUCUCCUGCAUCUUUCCUUCAGUCAGAACCUCCUUCUGCUACCCAAUCACCAGCUGGUUUACUCUCCUUCACCGCUAUAUCUGCCAGCAUGUACUCCCCUGGUGGGCCUGCCAACAUUUUUGCUAUUGGCCCUUAUGCCCAUGAGACGCAGUUAGUAUCACCACCAGUCUUCUCAACUUUCACCACCGAACCAUCAACGGCUCCCUUCACUCCUCCUCCUGAAUCUGUCCACUUGACUACACCCUCCUCUCCUGAGGUUCCCUUUGCUCGGCUUCUUGAUCCUAACAACCAAAAUGGUGAAGCUGGUCAUAGAUACCCUUUAACCCAGUAUGAAUUUCAAUCUUACCAGUUGUACCCUGGAAGCCCAGUUGGCCAUUUGAUCUCACCUGGCUCAGGCAUGUCUGUUUCAGGCACCUCGUCUCCUUUUCUCGACCGUGACUUUGCUCCUGGUCAUCCCCACUUCCUUGAGUUCCGAACUGGUGAGCCUCCCAAGCUCCUGAACCUUGACAAGCUGUCCACCCAUCAGUGGGGAUCACGCCAAGGAUCGGGUACUUUGACCCCAGAUGCUGUGGGACCUGCAUCUCAUGAUAGUUUCCUUCUGGAUCGUCAGAAUUCUGAUGUUGCUCCACUCACAAAUUCAUUCAACGGAUUGCGAAAUGAUGAAACUAUAAUUGAUCAUAGAGUUUCAUUUGAGAUAACUUCCGAAGAUGUAGUCAGAUGCGUGGAAAAGAAGGCGGCAGCAUUGCCUAAGGCUGUGUCAGCAUCUCUGGAGAAUGCAGAACAUGCUGCUAAAGGAGUUGAAAAUUUGAGUGGCAUGGCAAAUGGUCAAGAAUACCGUGCUGGAGAAACAUCGGACGAUGCAUCAGAGAAAGCUUCUACAGACGGCGAGGAUGGGCAGCGACAGAGAAAACAUCGGUCACUCACUCUUGGGUCUGUCAAAGAAUUCAAUUUUGACAACGUGGAUGGUGGAAACUCUGAUAAGCCUACUAAUAUUGGCCCGAACUGGUGGGCAAAUGAGAAGGCUCUUGGGCAGGAGGGUGUGCCAUCUAAGAACUGGUCCUUCUUCCCGAUGUUGCAGUCAGGGGUCAGCUAACUGCUAUGUGUCCAACUGGUGCUUUCACGCAACAUGAAGAGAUAUUGUGGGCUCGCUUGAAUGUUCGGAAGUCUGAACCCAGCCAUCAACGACUGUGUCAGAGAUCGUGAAACCAAACUGUACAGGUUAGUUGGUUUUGGGUGAAGAGAGUGUUUGCAGAACUGACCCAUAGGUGAAGUCUGCUUUUUUGAGACAAUUGUUGCUUAUUCCCAAAACUUAUAAACUACCACCAUCUUAAGUAUUACCAUUGCCUUUCCUUAGAAUGUAAUAGGAUAAUAAAUAGGAUAGUGGUAACAAUGAUGCUGUUGGACUGCUGAUCUUUUAGAUGAAUUGUUAUACUAGUGGAGGUAAGGUGGUUGUUCCCCACCCUGGCCUGAAAAAUUUGUGUUGUUCUCUAGUCCAGGAUAAAAGGAAGCCAAUUGGUGGUGGUGGUGUGUUUUUUUUUGGAAAAGGGGAGGGGGAGGGGGGGGAAGUGGAUUGUGUGGGUUUCAUUUUGCACUGUUGGUUUGAUAUAAUGCACGUAUUGGUG